AGCGGAGAGACGGUCCCUUGAUCUGUCAGAAUGUUCCAUGGGAUUCCUGCCCCGGCCAACAUUGGGGCUCCCGGAAAUAAGCCUGAACUGUAUGAGGAAGUGAAGUUGUACAAGAAUGCGCGGGAACGAGAGAAGUAUGAUAACAUGGCGGAACUGUUUGCGGUUGUUAAGACGCUGCAGGCGCUAGAGAAGGCAUACAUUAAGGAUUGUGUAUCCCCCAGCGAAUACACAGCGGCCUGCUCUCGCCUCCUGGUACAGUACAAAGCUGCCUUCAAACAGGUGCAAGGGGCCGAGGUUGGAUCCAUCGAUGAUUUCUGCCGGAAAUACAGGCUUGACUGCCCUUUGGCCAUGGAAAGAAUAAAAGAGGAUCGACCAAUCACCAUCAAGGAUGAUAAAGGGAAUCUGAACCGCUGCAUUGCUGACAUUGUAUCUCUCUUCAUCACUGUCAUGGACAAACUGCGCCUGGAGAUCCGCGCCAUGGAUGAGAUCCAGCCUGACUUGCGGGAGUUAAUGGAGACCAUGAACAGGAUGAGCCACCUCCCUCCUGAUUUUGAGGGACGGGAGAAAGUGAGUCAGUGGUUACAGAAGCUCAGCAGUAUGUCGGCGUCGGAUGAACUGGAUGAUUCCCAAGUGCGGCAAAUGUUGUUCGAUUUAGAAUCUGCCUACAAUGCCUUCAAUCGCUUCCUCCAUUCCUAAUCUCCCUCACUCCUAUCAACUGCCCCCCCCCGGGGCUCCUACAGUUGCUGAUAGUGACAUCACUCAUCCUGUCAGUCGCCGCCGCCCCCCCCAGCACCUCUUAUUGUGAUGUCACUUAUCCCUUCAGCCUCCUGUUUGGGCUGCCAGUGACCUCACUGAGAUCAGAUUAAUGUGCAAUGGGAAUUAAAGGGGAUAUAAACCCUGCUGCACAGCGCUGCUCCACCGAAUGUUGUUGCUGAACUACAAAUCCCAGAAUAAUGUAACAUAUAAUGAAGGGUGAGGCAUGCUGGGAGCUGUAGUCCAGCAACAUCAGGGUUGGAUUCUUAAAGCAAUAUUGCCCAAUAAAACUUUCCCCCAUUAAAAUGCAAAAGAAUCCCCCAAUGAGAAUCCCAGCUGAUGUGAGUAAAUCCGGCUCCCUGUUCUCUGUUCCUGCAAUUGGAGUUGGGAGCAAUAAGCACAGUUUCCCAGCACUGAACAAGUCUGUCCCUUUAUCCCCAUGUCUGAUUCCUGUGCCAUAUAAUGACGGGAAAAUGCCAUCAUUAUCUCUAUAUGUAAGGUACCAGCAAGGGGCCUGACACAGGGAAUCAGCAUUCUCAUUGGUCACUUCUCUUGUAUCUAUAGUGAAGUUUUGGCUCAGUAGAAUUCUCAUUGGUGCAUAUUCUUGCAUCUAUAAUUAUGUUUUUGGAAACUUCUAUAGCAACAUUAGGGGGCGCAGUGGGGCAGCAUGGCUGGGUUUAUAUCCCCUUUAAAGCCUCAUCUUUCAGGCCAUUUAAUUGGCCGACAGAGCCCUUUGGCACCAACCAUGAAAUGGGUCAGUAUCUGUGUGUCCCACAGUAAUGGGCCAGUGUUUGUGCCGCUUCGUUACAGUUAUUUAUUGCUGUGUCAGUGUGGGGGCUCCGUGGGUACGGGCCAUUCAUUAGCCCCAGUGUAAAUGGGGGGGUAACUAGGCCUGCCCACAGGGGCUCGUAGGGGGAGUAGAUCCCUACCUUCAGGCAAAGCCCAUUGGCGCGUUUCCCAUUGCUGGAGUCACGGGGGGGCUUGUUGGACCCUAGAGGCUGGUUCUGAUCACUGGCUCAGGGGCUCUGUAACAUCAUUGUGCCCCUCCCCCCUGUAUUGCCCCUCCGCCAUGUAUUGCCCCCACACUCUGCUCCCCUUGGGGGUUGUGUCUUUUCCUUGUAUGUAAAUAAAGGACAUUUGUUGGGU